GUACUCCCUGAGCGGCACCUGAAGUGAAUAGCGAGCGAGUGCUCUUCUCGCAGCCAGUCGGCGCCCACUUUCCACUCGCGAUGUUUGUGUUUUCGUUGUCGUCGGCUCUGAUCUACCUCGCCGCGGCUAGACUCGCCUCCGGCUUGCUAGGUGAGCCUCCACCCGCACUAUCGGAGGAAGUGGCGCGAGUGGCGAUGCCCCCCGAGGUUCAGCCAGGCAACAUCAGGAGAGUUCUGGACCAGGUUCUCAGCCACAUGCUUUUCAAGCACCGCAGCGGCCGAAAGUCUGUCUGCUAUGGUCUGCUCGGAUGCUUCCACGUUUCUGGGAAGUUGGCGCAUUUACGCUCGGUGCCGGAGAGCCCAGAGAAGCUGGAGACCAAAUUUUACCUUUACACAAACGGCGGCCCCGAGACGCGCGAGCAGCGAUCGAUCGGUGUCGAAGAUGAGGCAGAAAUGCUGGACUACUUUAGCUACCAGAAACUGUCGCUUUCCCAUUUCGACCCGACGAAGCCAACGAAAAUCCUGCUUCACGGAUACAAAGGGCGAGGAGACGGCACCAACGCCAGGAGGAUCAGAAACGCCUUUCUCGAUCGCGAAAACGUGAAUGUUAUUUCUGUGGACUGGUCCAACGGCGCCAAAGGGCCCAAUUACCUCCGCGCCGUGGCGAACGCAGAGCUCGUGGCGCGACAAAUGGCUCGGCUCAUCGUGGAAAUGAUCGCGUUGGGUGCAAAUCCCAAAGACAUUCACAUUGUAGGAUUCAGCCUGGGCGCACAAGUUGCCGGCAUGGCUGGCGGAGAAGUGCAGAAGAUGGGAUUCAAAAUAGGAAGAAUCACAGGUCUGGAUCCUGCGUCCUUCACCUUCGAGAGGGCUGGCCUGGAUGCCGACAAGAGACUUGACUUAACUGAUGCCGAAUUUGUGGACGUGAUCCACACGGACGGCAGUUUGAUUUGGUCCGACGGUUUCGGACUUUUAGCGCCUGUGGGACACGUCGACUUCUACCCCAACGGUGGCCAGGACCAGCCUGGCUGCAAAGACAGCUACGUUGGUGCACUCACCUUCCAGCUCAGGGUUCUUUCAGCGCAAAACAUGAACAGCACGCACCUGUGCAGCCACGCGAGGGCCGUCGACCUGUUCAUAGAGUCGCUCGACCCGUCCUGCCAGUUCCUGGCCUUCCCUUGCCCCGGGCUCAGACAGUACGGAAGGGACUUCACGCACGGCAACUGCUUCACCUGCGGCGAUGGCAGUUCGUGCGGCGAAAUGGGCAUCAAAGCGCCCCAAAGAAGCGGCCGAGGAGCCCUCUACUUAGCCACGCGUGCUACGAAACCCUAUUGUGGACAACAGAUCAGAACGUCUGUUGAGAUUUCCCCGAGUUCAAAGCUGACAAGAGGCACUAUGUACUUGCAGCUGCACCACAGCUCAACCGUGACGACAUUUGAGCUCAGCUCCUCACGCUUGGGCUCUCAAGCUUUGGACAUGAUUAGCGGUGGACAAGAGCUGAGUGCCAUCGCCGUGGCGAAUGCUCACAGUAUAACUUCAGAAAAGACGCCGAUUUUGUAUGCUGCGUUGAUUUUCAGGCCGAAAACAGGGCCGGCUGGAGUAAUUACAAGCCAACAAGUUAUGCUGGACAGAAUAACAGUCACAAACCAAGACAAGCAAAGGUGGUACUUCUGUGGCGGAAAUACAACAGUCAAAUACUCCAAUACGCAAAAGAAUAAACCCCUAAUUCUGAAAUUAGACCAAAUCCGCUGCUGAUACAAAUGACUGAUCUCUUCUAUUUCUAGGAGUGAGAAAAAACUAAAAUAAUUCCGCAUCUUGCUUGCUGGUUAGUGAUUCUAUUUUUGGUACAAAUCCAUGACUUUGUAUUUGUAAGACGUUCACAGAAAAACGUCAACAUUUUAAGACAUUGUGUAGAAUUUAAGGUACAAAAUAAAUUUAUAGUUAAGUUGAA